AUGCCUGCAGACCAAGAACCCCAGACUUAUGGAAGUCAAAUCACAUAUGUCCCCGUCCGUCUUGUCAAGACCUUGGAGACCUUCAAAGCGGCGUUGAGGAGACAAUAUGGUGAGGGAGUGACGCACCCCAUCAAGAGUUCGCAUACACAAGAGCCCAUGUACGAGGUUACGGCGCCUCGAGCGAGUACAGGACCCGCAGAUCUGGUCAAGACUCUGCAGGACGAGGGUGUUCUUAAGCAAGAUGAUGAGGAGUGA